AUGGGGUUACCCUUUGUUUUUGAGCGGCUAAUUCUUAUAGGUUUCACCUUGGUGAAGGUGUUUAUCAACUGGGCGGUGGUAACAACUCAAGACCACCUACACCACCAUUUCAAAACCGAGGCCAUAACAACAACCAAAGAACACCCACAUCCAAAUUCCAACCGACAAAACCCUUUACCCACCAACAUCGAUGACCAUAAUGUCAACUCCGACCGUAGAGGUAACCAUAGUCGCCGCAAUCCCGCGAAUGAAGACCCAUUCUUCAAUCUUGAUGACUUGAGGAAUGCAAUCCCUGAUGAUGAACAAUAUAGUGUUCCCGAUUGUCAAUCGCUGGAACAUGUGAGCAUUCACUCGGAAGACUCGGAUGAUGGGGGAAACUACGAUGAACGGGUUGAAGACGAUAUAUGGGGGGAUAUAAAUGCAGAUAACAUCUACAAUGCGAGGGGGAUUGAGAAUGAGGAAUUCGGGUACCAAAAUGGCAACUACGUGGGUAAUGAGGGUUAUGGUUACGGGUAUCGCCGGAACGACGGAUAUGGAAACAACCGCCAACCACGAAAUAAUAAUCAAAAGAACCGGGAUAACGGUUAUUGCAACAACAAUAAUAGUGCUAACCGAAACUGGAUUCCCCAAUUCGUGAAAGGUGGUAAUCAACGUGGUAGUCAAGGUGGAGCUCGAGGCGGUGAUAGAAGAGGUAACCGGAGACCGGUGGAUCAAGAGGUUAAUGGUCCACGUCGUCGUCUGCAACAAGUUCCUAGGGGUGUAAAUGAUCGUUUUAGCUCGGUGGUCACCGAAAAUGACUCACCAAUUGUUCCUCCACCCCGAGAAUUUAGGUCCUUUGAAUGCAAGCCCAACUAUAUUAACAUCCUACUCACUUCAACGCCGCUCCAGUUGUUAACACAACCAGCGUCUCCAGCCAUCAACCAGAACACCACUAUCGCCAUAGCUAGAAAACCAACCACUGGCGGUCCAACACUAUUAAAUCCAUGUCUAAAAAAACCUCCACCUCCAUCUUCAUCUUCAUCUUCAUUCUCUCCCCCAUUUGAAAAUUCGAACAAAUCUUCCUCCACAACCACUACCAAAGUCGAAUCUCCUACUCCCCCACCAUCUGCAGUGGAAGAUUCGUUAUCGAAAACCGGUGUUCUGGUAACAACUCAAGACCACCUACACCACCAUUUCAAAACCGAGGCCAUAACAACAACCAAAGAACACCCACAUCCAAAUUCCAACCGACAAAACCUUUUACCCACCAACAUCGAUGACCAUAAUGUCAACUCCGACCGUGGAGGUAACCAUAGUCGCCGCAAUCCUGCGAAUGAAGACCCAUUCUUCAAUCUUGAUGACUUGAGGAAUGCAAUCCCUGAUGAUGAACAAUAUAGUGUUCCCGAUUGUCAAUCGCUGGAACAUGUGAGCAUUCACUCGGAAGACUCGGAUGAUGGGGGAAACUACGAUGAACGGGUUGAAGACGAUAUAUGGGGGGAUAUAAAUGCAGAUAACAUCUACAAUGCGAGGGGGAUUGAGAAUGAGGAAUUCGGGUACCAAAAUGGCAACUACGUGGGUAAUGAGGGUUAUGGUUACGGGUAUCGCCGGAACGACGGAUAUGGAAACAACCGCCAACCACGAAAUAAUAAUCAAAAGAACCGGGAUAACGGUUAUUGCAACAACAAUAAUAGUGCUAACCGAAACUGGAUUCCCCAAUUCGUGAAAGGUGGUAAUCAACGUGGUAGUCAAGGUGGAGAUCGAGGCGGUGAUAGAAGAGGUAACCGGAGACCGGUGGAUCAAGAGGUUAAUGGUCCACGUCGUCGUCUGCAACAAGUUCCUAGGGGUGUAAAUGAUCGUUUUAGCUCGGUGGUCACCGAAAAUGACUCACCAAUUGUUCCUCCACCCCGAGAAUUUAGCAAUGGCACCUUGUUAAACAACCAUGAGGAAGAUGAUUGGGAUUUUCUAGAGAGGAUGAGUAAAAAUUCAAAGGCGGUUGCAUUGGCGGAUAGAGCGAAACAGCAUCUAACCUCAAGGUCUUGGCCCGACCGCGAUGCUAAUUCUAAAGAUCGGAUUGAAACAUUGGAGCGGGAAUUGGUCCGCAUGAAGAAGAAAGAAGUGGGUGCAGUACAAUAUACCGUAUGUGAAGAAUGUGGUGACAUCGGUCACCGGACCGAGAAUUGCCAAGCCAUCGCAGAUGUGAAUCAAGUGUAUGGAGAUCGAAGGCAAUACGAUGUGAACUCCAACACGUACCACCCCGGGUUUUGGAACCAUCCUAACUUUAGAUAUGGUAAUGCCUCCAACCAAAUGAACACGAAUUUUCAAUCGGGAAAUCAAGGUGGGUUUUCACACCAAAAUCGCCAAAUUGGUAACCAAGGGCAUCAAAGUCGAGACAAUUACCAAAGAGGUUACAAUCAAGAUGGUAACGGGUAG